AUGUCAGUAUCCGACUUGCCGAAGAACGACAAUGAAAAGAAAGUCGAGGAGCAGGAAGAGCAGGAUGUCGAGCUCCCUGUCUUGGAACACAAGACCGGAGAGUCCAUUAUCCGCGAGAAGAUUGACGAAGAAGGCUCUGACUCGUUGAGAAUCAUCAACCGGCCAUGGCGAGUCAAAGGCCCUGCUGUCUUUUGCGUCUUGCUAUUCACCAUUGGCUCAAAUUGGGCGUCGGCAUCUCUGUCUCCGCUCAAAUCCACACUCAAGAAAGAGCUACACAUCAAUAACGCACGAUAUGGAGUGAUUGCUUCAGCAAACUCCCUUGUCAAUACCGUCAUGCCCGUCAUUGGUGGUGUCGCAAUUGACUGGUUCGGCCCAGAAAUGGGCUCUUUGUUAUCUUCUGUUGCAGUGUUACUAGGCACUCUUAUAAGCGGGAUCGGUGCCAGCAAAGCCAGCUUUGGUACGUUGGUUGCCGGUAAUGUCAUUAUGGGUUUAGGCUCAUCGACAAUCGAGACGUGUCAGUCCAAGCUGUAUACCCAUUGGUUCUACGGAAACCAUUUAGGCCUAGUAUAUGGUGUCGAUAUCGCCUUUGGCAGGGUCAUCAAUACCGUUGCAAAGGCAACCUCAGUGCCCAUAGCCGAAGGGACACAUUGGUGGGGCUGGUCAAUUUGGAUCUCCGCCAUCAUGUCCGCUUGUACGCUGCUCAUUAACAUCAUCUACGUCGCGCUAGAGCGCAGGCUACCUGCUCCGGCACGAUUGGUACCGACCAACGACAAAACUAGUCGAAAAUUCUCUCUAGCCGCCCUUGUGUCCAUCCCAGCGGCAUUUUGGAUCAUCACACUGACCCAGUUGCUCCAGGCAGGAAAUGUAGGUGCCUAUGGCAGUAUAACUGCGGAUAUUAUGACCCAAACAAGAGGAUCGACUGCUCUUGUGGCUGGAUAUACGAGCUCGAUUAGCCAAAUUAUACCUAUCUUCGUAACCCCCUGCGUUGGAGCUCUCUUCGAUAGAUUUGGCAGGCGAAUGUACUAUGUGUCGGGGACUGCCGCCCUUUGGGUUCUGGUCUACUCGCUGAUGGGCUUUACCGACGUUCAUCCUCUUGUUCCGACGAUCCUCCAAUCUGUUGCGCUCAGUUUCAACGCCAUACCCUUCAUCGCUGCCAUUCCUCUGCUGGCUCCUUCUCAGACUUAUCUCGGAACGGCUUUCGGCGUAUGGAAAGCGUUCAACAAUGCUGGGUCCGUUAUAAUGGACGUCUCCGCUGGUGCGAUCCAAGACCGCACUCCCACCGGAAGGCAUACCUACGACAACGUGCUGUACUUCCUUAUAGCGCUCAAAGGCGUGGACUUCUUCUACGGACUGGUCUACGACGCGCUGGAUCGAAGGUAUUUUGGGGGCGUGCUCAGGAUGUCGGAGCGUGAGCGCGAAGCUCGGGAGGACGAGGAUGCGAAUAGCGGAGAGAAUCUGAAGGGAGUUGCUUUGAGACGCCCUGUGAGGAUGUGGACAUUCGUGGGCUUGGGGAUUAUGGGAGCAAUGAUCGUAGUUGCGUGGGUACUUUACUUGUUCUAUGCUAAAGGGACAUGA